AUGAGUCAAUCAAUUCUGGAUCGACUAUCUUCCUUAGAUACCAACACAGUAUCUGAUGCUCUAGACUUCCUAGGCCUCAAAGGAGCCACCUACGGCCUGCAACCACUAUGGGACUGUCCAAAGAUUGUCGGACGCGCCAACACAGUGAAAGUGGGCCCCAAAACCGAAGCUGCGCCUGCAGUCCAUCUUCUCACGCCCGUGAUCGAUGCGGUGACGACGAAUGAUCGUAUUCUCGUCAUUGCUGGUGGCACAGAAGGUGUUUCGUGCUGGGGUGAUAUCAUCGCCAAUGCCUCCAAAAUGAAGGGUAUUCGGGGAACUAUCAUCGAUGGUAUGAGCCGGGAUAUCGAUGGUAGCCGCGAUGUCAGUUACCCUGUUUACGGUCGCGGUGUCACGAUGAUCAGUGCUCGCAACCGGGUCGUUCAGUAUGAUUCCGGAAAGCCGCUGGAGAUGCGGGGCGUUACUGUCAAUCAGGAUGACUAUGUCAUUGCGGAUCGAUGCGGGACGGUGUUCGUCCCUGCGGACCGUAUCGAAGAGGUUCUGGAUCUGGGAGAGCGGAUCGACCGUCGUCAAAACCUGAUGGUCCAGGCAGUUCGUGCGGGUCAACCUGUUUCUGAAGUUAUGCACGAUUCUCAAUUUGAGGCUAUUCGCGCAGAUUCAUCAAAGUCUGCCGUCUCACUUCCACAGACUUCAACCCGCAAUCCAAAGAAAGCAAGCGCCGAAGACGAAGAGUUGGUCGCGCUUUUCGCCGAUUCAGAUACCCCCGGUGUCUCGGAUGCACUUGAUAAACUUGGUAUCUCUGGACAAGCGUUCGGUAUCAUGCCUUUGGCCGAUUACAGCAAGGCCACCGUCGGACCGGCCUUCACUGUCCGUUACGUGCCGGCCAGCGAUCCACCCGGCAGUGUUGGUGAUUUCAUCGACGAUGUUGCCAUUGGCGAUGUUGUAGUGAUUGACAAUGGAGGCCGCACAGAUUGUACUGUCUGGGGCGAUAUCAUGACUCAAUACGCCGGAAUGAGGGGGAUCGCCGGCUCUGUAAUCGACGGGGUUUGUCGAGAUGUGAACCGGGCCCUUGGCGAUGACUACCCGCUCUUCACUGCAGGACGCUGGAUGAGAACUGGGAAGGAUCGCGUUCAGGUCGGUGGAGUCAAUGAGUCUAUUGGCAUUGGCCAAGUGCGUGUUGCACCGCGUGAUAUUGUCGUUGCCGAUGCCAAUGGUGUUGUUAUUGUUCCCCGGGCUCGGGCCCGAGAAGUCGCCGAAGUUGCGAGAAAGGUCGAGGAAAGUGAGGCUGGGAUUCGGAAAUUGAUUUCUGAUGGAGCUACUAUUGCUGAAGCACGGGAGAAGCUUGGAUAUCAUACACUUCAACGUAAGGCAUAG